AUUAGUAUUUUUUAAGUAGCCGACUAUGUGUGUCUAAGAGUAUAAGUCUCUACUGUACUUUGUUUCCAGUGUAAUAACGAUUUGAACCUAACAGUCCAAGAGAAAUAAAGUUCAUUAUGUUGGGUGUAAGAGUACAAGUCAACUUAUACUGUUACACCCAAGUCAAAAUUAUGUUGGGUGUAAGAGUACAAGUCAACUUAUACUGUUACACCCAAGUCAAAAUUAUGUUGGUACUGUUGCUUGUUUACUGACUUAUACUAUUGGGAACAACUUCUCCCAGCUGUUGGUUGUGGUUAGAAUUUAACUUAUAAAGUUAUAACAAUAGUAGAAGAUUCUGCGUUAUUUUUCACUAUUCCUCUGAUUUUUACAUUAUAAUGUAUAGUGUGUAGGAGAAAUAAUGUAUAGCAGAGGAAAAAAACUUGUUGAACUUGUAAAAACGAAAAUAGCUAAAGAGAAUACCUCCAGUUUAAAUGCAGGUAAGUGCUAAUUAAAUUUAGUGUGGUACUCCAUUUAUGUCUGUAACUGCAGUAAAAUCUUUUGCAUUAUUACUUUUGUCUUUUAUUUUAUUUCAGAUGUGAUUGAAAAUGUGAAAGACAUACCUGUUGUAACAAACGACCGAAUUGAGGUUAGGGACGAUAUAGAUGAGAAAGGAACUGUGAAUAUCGCGGAAUACUGGUCAGAAAGAAAAACAAACGAGGACGAUCAUGUCUUUGUUCAAGAUACUAGGAACACAAUUUCGAAUGGUAUGGAUGAAGAAAUUUCUAAUGUGACUGAAGAACAACUCGUUAAUGUUGAUGGCACACAGCUACCAAACACCUCAUCAUACAAUUGGGAACUUGAUGAAGUUUUAUUUGAAGUUGUUGUUGAGGACACAGGCCUUGCAAGUAAGUUACAUAGUAUGAGUUGGCAUGUAAGCGUAGAUGUAAAACUAUUAUUAUAUUGUAGUCUUUGGCUUUAUUGUGUGGUUAUACUUACGUCAUUAUUUUUAUGUGUAGGUAAUAAUGAAGAUGGAAGUUUGACAGUGCUCCAACCAAUGGUUAUUGAAGACAUUGCAGAUGCAAAUAACAGAAAUAAAGAAAAUGAACCACAUUAUGAACAGAGUGAAUUUUCCUAUGAUGUUGUUGAUGAGGACAGAGGCCUUGAAAAUACGCGGAACACAUGGGCAGGUAAGAGAGUUGAUACAAAACUAAUCAUUCUUUUAAAAGUCAUUGGCAUUAUUGUGUGCUUGUAGCUAAAAUAAUUGUUUUACUUAUAGGUAAUAAUGGAGAUGGAAGUUUGACAGUGCUCCAUCCAAUGGUUACUGAAGACAUUGCAGAAGUAAAUAUUGAUAAUGGAGAAAUUGAUCCAGAUUAUGAACCGAUAGAAGAGAAAAGCUCAAGUGAAGAUGAUGUUUCCGUUAAUGUUCCUCGCCAGAGGAAGGCUGGUCUCGGAGAAAAAGAAGACAAUACACAAACAAUUGAAGCUGAAGUGAAAAAAUGUAGGUUUUCAAGAGCAAGAAAAAGAGAAAAGUGUGUAAACCGUAACAGAGGGGUGUCAUACACAACUUUAAGCGGUAAAGUUGUCAAAGCUAGAGUAAUGAAACCUCUUAGAGACUGUCGAGCAGAAUGUAGAAAGAGACUUCCUGAAGACAUAAGAGAAAGUAUUUUUAAAGAAUAUUGGUCUCUUGGUAGUAGAGACAGGAGAGUAGCAUAUGUUGCCAGCCUUGUUGAUACUAUGGAAACCAAAACAUCAAGAAAAAGAGCUUACAAUCCUGAUAAAGAGAAAUUUAGAAUGGUUACACAUACGUUUCAUUUUAAGAUAAAUGGGAAAAGAGAAAAAGUUUGUAGGGGAUGUUUUAUGAACACAUUAGAUGAGACACAAAUGUUUGUAACUCUUGCAAUCACCAACAGAAGUACCUCUACAUCUGGUAUCACACAGCAGGACAACAGGGGAAAAACAUCACCUGGUAAUGCAAUUUCUGAUGAACGACUGGAUGAGGUUCGAAGGCAUAUACAAUCAUUCCCUUCUUACGAAUCUCAUUACACGCGAAGAACAAACAACAAGAAGUAUCUUCCUUCUUUUCUGGAUUUGAAUACUAUGUUCUCAUUUUACAAAGAAUCAACUUCUAAUCCUGUGGGGCGUACUGUAUAUACUAGGGAGUUUAAGUCCUUGGGACUAGCCUUUAAAGCACCAAAAGUAGACACUUGUCAUAGGUGUGACACAUUACAAAUGAAAGUGAAGCUAGCGAGUGGUGCAGAAGAAGAAUAUAUAAAACAGGAAAUAUCUGUGCAUCAUGCAGAAGCUGAUAAAGCAUACCUACAGAAAGAUCUCGACAAGAAAACUGCUAAAGAUGAUCCUAGCAAAAGAUAUCCAUUUCACUCCGCCUAA